UCACACGUUUUACAAAACUAACAUUAUUUAAUUAAAAUACAUUGCGUGUGGGGUGAGUCACGACGUUCUAGCUCUUUUCCGAAUAGAUGACAGAAACAGCGCCUAUGCUUUUAGAGUGAAAUUCCUUAUCACAAUUUUUUUCAGUAGUUGACUUAAAAACAGUGCAGCUGCUGGCAGCAUCAGUGUCUCACUUACAGACCCUGGCAGUGAUGCGCGUCUGAAGGUGCCAUGAAAUAAAUAAAAGUCAUCAGCGGAGAACAAGUGCGCUGUUGGUCUGUGUGCCUAUGGAAACGGGGAAGAAAACGGAGAAUUCAAGCACUCGACUGCAAUGGCCAAAAACACAUCUCUAUAUUUUCGAAUUGUCGAGGGCAGGAAUCUCCCGGCCAAGGACGUCUCAGGAACCAGUGAUCCAUACUGCAUUGUAAAAGUUGACAAUGAAGUUGUGGCCAGGACUGCCACGGUGUGGAAGAACCUCAAUCCUUUCUGGGGUGAAGAGUACACACUGCACCUCCCAAUGGGUUUCCAUUCACUCUCCUUUCAUGUGAUGGACGAAGACACUAUAGGCCAUGAUGAUGUCAUUGGAAAGAUUACACUGAGCAAAGACGCCAUCGGAUCUCAAGCUAAAGGUGUAGACAGCUGGCUGAACCUCUCCAAGGUGGACCCUGAUGAGGAGGUCCAGGGAGAGAUCCAUCUGAGGCUGGAACUCCUCAAAGACAAAAACAGUCUGAGAUGUCAGGUCAUCGAGGCCAGGGACUUGGCUCCGAGAGACAUUUCGGGGACGUCUGAUCCAUUUGCCAAAGUUCUUUUUAACCACCACGGUGCCGAGACCUCGAUUAUCAAGAAAACCCGUUUCCCUCACUGGGGGGAGACCCUGGAGCUGGCCCUGGACCCAGGGGACCUGAGUGUGGAAGGAACCGUCACUGUGGAGGUCUGGGACUGGGACAUGGUGGGCAAGAAUGACUUCCUGGGCAAGGUGGAAUUCCCGUUUGCUCAUUUACAACAAACUCCUUUCCUGGAAGGCUGGUUUCGUUUGCUGCCUUUAGGAAACAGAGAGGCUGAUCCUGGUGGUAAACUGGGGGCAUUACGUCUGAAGGUCCGUUUAGUGGAAGAUCAAAUCCUGCCCUCCACCUACUACCAGCCUCUGAUUGACCUUCUGGUAGGGUCUGUCACCUCUCCUACAGAGGUAGAGGACGUCAGUGCUUUGACCAUGUUGGAGGAGGUGACAACAGUGGAGAGUCGUCAGGAUGUGGCCAUGACUCUUGUGAAGAUCUACCUUGGCCAAGGAUUGGUGGUGCCAUUUCUGGAUUAUCUCAACACCCGGGAGGUCAUCCACACUAAUGAUCCCAACACUCUGUUUCGCUCCAACUCACUGGCCUCCAAGGCCAUGGAACAGUUCAUGAAGGCUGUUGGCAUGCUGUAUCUACAUGAGGUUCUGAAGCCAAUCAUCAAUCGCAUCUUUGACGAAAAGAAGUACAUCGAACUGGACCCGUGUAAAAUCGACUUGAAUCGCACAAGACGCAUUUCAUUUAAGGGCUCGGUGUCUGAGGCGGAGGUGAGAGACAGCAGUGUGGAGACGCUCCACAGCUACUUGAGCAGCAUCAUUGAACUGAUCGUGGGCUCAGUGGAUCAGUGUCCUGCAGUCAUGAGAGUGGCCUUCAAACAGCUGCACAAGAGAGUGGAGGAACAAUUUACCAACCCUGAGAAUGAGGACGUGAAAUACCUGGCCAUCAGUGGAUUCCUCUUUCUGCGGUUUUUUGCCCCUGCAAUCCUUACACCUAAACUGUUCCAGCUGAGAGAUCAGCACGCCGACACACGCACCAGCAGAACACUGUUACUACUGGCCAAGGCACUGCAAAGUGUUGGGAACCUGGGCCUGCAGCUGGGCCAUGGAAAAGAGCAGUGGAUGGAACCUCUACAUCCCAUCAUCCUUCGCAGCGUGGCCUCCAUCAAAGACUUUCUGGACAAGUUAAUUGACAUAGACCAUGACAUUGUGUCUGUGGUGCCUCAGCGAGCCGUGUUCAUGCCCUCUGUGACCAUCAAAGAAGGAUACCUGCACAAACAUAAGGCUGAGGGACCUCAGCUGUUGUCACGCUUCGCCUUCAAGAAACGAUACUUUUGGCUGACAAGCCAGACACUGUCCUAUGCAAAGAGCCCAGACUGGCAGGUGCGCUCGUCCAUCCCUGUCCACUGUGUCUGUGCCGUGGAGAGAGUGGACGAAAACGCCUUCCAACAACAACAUGUGCUGCAGCUCAUCACCCAGGACAACGACAGCCAGAUGAACACCAUCUACAUACAGUGCAAGAAUGUGAAUGAGUUGAACCAGUGGCUGUCUGCCAUCAGGAAGGUCAGCAUCUGCAAUGAGCGCAUGCUGCCGUCUUUCCAUCCAGGUGCUCAUCGCAGUGGGAGGUGGACCUGCUGCCUCCAAGUGGACAGGGCUGUUCCAGGCUGCAGUAGAACCCACUCAGCUGUGACUCUGGGUGACUGGAGUGACCCACUUGACCCGGAUGUGGAGACUCAGACCAUAUACAAGCAGCUUCUUCAGGGCCGGGAUAAACUGAGGAAGAAGUAUCUUCAGGUGCCAGACGUUGAUGAAGAGACGGAGAACAAAGAGAAGAAGAUCUGCGACGACAUUCUUUUAGAUGGUGCUGAAUGCAAUGUUGAGCGACAGCAUCUGGGUCAGAGCGCCGCAGCCCGACUGAUGGCGGUCAUCAAGGACCUGGAGCAGGCUCACGCCACCUUCCAGCUCAGGGAGCAGCAUGACGGCUCCAGUGUCAUUUGACAUCAAUGACACAGAUGUCUGGAGGAGCGGCUACUUCCUGUGGCAACUCUGUCCUCAGUCUUUGGUCACUUCUUUGUCUGUUUCUUGUCUGAGUGCCAGCGAUUCCUACGAUGAAGUGCCGAAACACUCCGGAUCGUGAUCGGACUUUCAAUUCAAUUUUUUUAAGUGUAAUUCACAAGCAGUCGGUUGCAUGGACUGGAUCCGCAUGUUGUGAAAUGU